GUUAAUUUUAUGAAGCUGUCAGAUUUGACGACUGAGACUGUCGAUCUGUCGAUCGCCAGGGUUCCGAAUUUAUAAUUCUAUCAUUUUAUUAAAAUAUUCUGGUUUCGUGAAUAUUUGGAAUGGGUUACAAAUUUCUAAAACUUGCCUCUUCGUCAUACAAGACGGGUGGUAUCCGUAUUGUGUCCAGACAGUACUCUACCACACAUGAUGCUGACAUGGUAGUGAUUGGCUCGGGCCCUGGCGGAUAUGUAGCAGCUAUCAAAGCUGCCCAGAUGGGAAUGAAGACUGUUUCAGUGGAGAAGGAUCCCUCCCUGGGCGGCACUUGCCUGAAUGUUGGCUGUAUCCCUUCGAAGGCACUCCUACACAACUCCCAUCUAUAUCACCAAGCGAAGCAUGACUUCAAGAACCGCGGCAUCAUCACAGGGGAUGUCAGCUUCGAUCUUAACACUAUGAUGAGCUAUAAAGCCAAUGCUGUCAAAGCCCUGACUAGUGGUAUUGGUAUGCUCUUCCAGAAAAAUAAGGUAAAACUUCUUCGUGGUGUUGGAACUAUAGUGGCUCCAAAUAAGGUAGAAGUGAAAGGAGAGAAGGGUGUGGAAACAGUCAACACAAAAAAUAUCCUCAUUGCAACUGGUUCAGAAGUCACGCCAUUCCCCGGAGUAACUUUUGAUGAAAAACAAAUCAUUACAUCAACGGGUGCACUUUCUCUGUCUGCUGUCCCCAAGAAAAUGCUUGUAAUUGGUGCCGGUGUCAUUGGUCUAGAGCUCGGGUCUGUGUGGCAGAGGCUGGGGGCUGAUGUCACCGCUAUUGAAUUUCUUGGCAGUAUCGGAGGUAUCGGUAUCGACGGCGAAGUGGCCAAAACUCUGCAUAAAAUCCUCGCGAAGCAGGGUAUGAAGUUUAAACUGAACACGAAGGUCUUAUCGGUCAAGAAGGAAGGAAGCACAGUGAAGGUCGAAGUAGAGGGGGCCAAAGGAGGCAACAAGGAAGUGUUGGAUUGCGACGUGGUGCUGAUCUCUAUCGGCCGCCGGCCGUACACUAAAGACCUGGGAUUGGACAAAGUGGGCAUCGCACUCGACGACCGCGGCCGCGUGCCCGUCAACAACAAGUUCCAGACCAAAGUGCCCGGAAUCUACGCUAUUGGCGACUGUAUUCACGGUCCCAUGUUGGCGCACAAGGCUGAGGACGAAGGCAUCGUUUGCAUCGAAGGUAUCAAGGGUAUGCCAGUUCACUUCAACUACGACUGUAUCCCUUCAGUAAUAUACACGUCCCCUGAAGUAGGCUGGGUUGGAAAGUCGGAAGAAGAUCUGAAGAAAGAGGGAAAGGCGUAUAAAGUAGGCAAAUUCCCGUUCUUAGCGAAUUCAAGAGCAAAGACCAACGGCGAGCCCGACGGCUUCGUCAAAGUACUGUCGGACAAGGCGACAGACGUUAUUUUAGGAACACACAUCAUUGGCCCCGGUGGUGGCGAGCUGAUCAACGAGGCGGUGCUGGCGCAGGAGUACGGCGCGGCGGCGGAGGACGUCGCCCGAGUCUGCCACGCGCAUCCGACAUGUGCAGAAGCCCUACGUGAAGCGAACUUGGCUGCAUACAGCGGCAAACCCAUCAACUUCUAAUUUUAGAUAUCUCGUAUACUAUAAAUAUAGUUAUAUGAAUAAUGUUUUGAACGCCCACAGAACAGCAGGGUGGUCUCGCCAGCUGAACGCUGCUCCAGUAAGGAAUCUUGUAUGAAUCUGACUUGAAAGUUUGAGUAUUUGAAAUUUUGCUCUUUGUGGUCAUAAGAAUACUUAUUUUUCUGUAAGCGACCGAUUUCAUUCAGUUUUUGAAAUAUAAUGUCAUGUUAUUUAUUUUUGCUACCACUAAAACUUAUUUUAUUUAUAUUUAUUUUUUGCAAAAUUCAUAUUUUUUAUUAAUUUCAUUCCGUUAUCUUGAUAGAAACAUUACGAGGUUACCUCAAGAAUGUAUGUACAUUUCGUGUAUUUAUUUUCUUUUGUAAAUAGCUUUAAAAUACACAUCUAUACAAGA